UGUCAUUUACGCAUUGCCCUCUACCCUGGUUGUGUGCUGUGUGUUGGUUUAUGUGAUCUAUGUGCUUGUAGAUGCUAUUAUAUACGUAAUAACAAGGAAGGACAUUUAGUGGGUCAGGAUGACAAAAGUGUGUGCUGUGUUCGGAGGCUCUAAGGGAAUAGGUAAAGCUGUUGCCAAAUUAUUGGCUCAAAGAGACUAUAAAGUGGCAGUUAUAUCAAGAAAUCUGGAUGUCGCUAAAGUCACAGCAAACGAGAUUGGAGCUCACUUGGCUCUUAGUUGUGAUGUUGCAAAAGAGCAAGAGGUGCAAAGCACGUUUAAGGACAUUGUGAAACGUAUGGGUCAUGUGAACUAUCUUGUGAAUGCUGCAGGUAUUAAUAAAAAUGCACUGCUACUGAGAACCACAUCAGAGGAUAUUUUAUCACAACUGUCCGUCAAUCUCAUAGGGCCAAUCCAGACAUGCAAAGUGGCCAUUAAAGGCAUGAUUCAGCAGCAAGGAGGAGCCAUCGUUAACAUAGGAAGUAUUGUUGGACACAAAGGGAAUUCUGGUCAGAGUAUAUACAGCGCCAGCAAAGAAGGAUUAGUUGGAUUUUCCAAGUCUCUUGCAAAAGAAGUAGCAAAGAAAAAUAUUCGGGUUAAUGUGGUCGCUCCAGGCUUCAUUCACACGGAUAUGACCUCAAAUUUGGAAGUUGAUCUGCUGAAUAAAACCAUCCCGCUGGGCAGAUUUGGAGAGGCGGAGGAUGUUGCACACACAGUUGCCUUCUUACUUGAGUCCUCCUACAUCACUGGUCAUGUAUUAGUGGUUGAUGGGGGUUUACAGCUACAAAUAUAAAGUGGAAUAUGUUUCAUCAUUAGACUGGAACAGAGAGACAUUACAGAUAUUUAAUACUAAUAGAUCUGUCGGAAAAUAAAUGCUUACAUUUGGCUUUUUACAUAAUUAUAUAAAACGAGUGCUCUUAUUUUAUAUGAAGCCAUACCUCACCGUUCCUAUUUGGAAGAGUUUCAGUUAUAGCUCCAUGAAUAAUGAAAUGACCACUCUACAGGUAACGUUAUUAAAAUAAAUGGGGUGGGGCUUGUGCUUUAUGGUGACAGCACGCAUCUCGUGUCUGCGCGAGAGGCGGACGCUCUCCUGCUCUGUGUAACACAGACCCGACCGUCUUCUUGCUGCAUUCCCUCCCCAUGCAUGUAUUUUUCAUACUUGUAGCGUAAGCUUUCCGAGAAGCCUCUGAAGGUAUCCUCCGUGGGCACAUGUGUACUUGCACGUGCAUGCGCAUGUCUAUUUGCACACACUGUGCGCAGCAUUCAG